AUGUCACUGUUUCAAGGUGGAGACGAUAACCAGGAUGUUGCACCUAUCUCGGGAGCAACUCCGGAAGGCAUUGCUCAAGGGAUAGAAUCUAUUGUGGACACGACCUUGCGAGAAGUUGACUCGAUGCGUGAUAAGGCUGCGGACGUGGCGGGUAGGACCAAGGAUAUGGCGAUGCGUUCUACGGAAUCGGUGAAGAAAACCAGCAAAGGACUGGUCACCCAUCCCAGAGACUACUUACAACCGGUUGCCGAAAAAGCUGGCUGGUACUGGAGCAAUCUUCCGUUUGUCCGUUGGUUUACUUACACGGCGAGCAUUUUCAGCUCGGUUCCGAUUGCGAUGUUUGUUACUUGGCUAGCUAUUACUGGUCUGAUUGUGUUCUCCAUCGCGAGCAUAGGGUUCUUAAUUUCUGAAGGAUUCUUCUUCUUGCUGGGCAGUGCCGUAUUUGUGCCCGUUGUUGGAUUUGUACUCGUUGCUGCUCUGGGCACUGGUGCCUUCUUCUCUUUCGUUUACUACGGGCUCCGGAUUUUGAAAUUUGUGACCAGCCGCGUAUUAUAUGCUCUGGGUAUCUUGUCUAAAGAAGUAGCGGUGGACACUCGUGGUUCGGUAGCGGGUUUCAAGAGAGGCGUGACACAUGCUUACGAUCGUGAGACAAGAGAGAAUCGUUAA